AUGGGGAUGCCAAGAAGCAAGAAGAAGGGCGGAAACCAGGUCCCGGAAAGGUGGAAAGACUAUGUACCAGUUGGACAUCGGAUGCCUGGGACUUGUUUUAUUGCUUUCAAAGUUCCUUUGCAAAAGAAGUUUGAAGUGAAUCUUGCUCCGGAAGAAUACUUUUCCCCUUUGGAUCUGUUUAACAAAGUCCAGGAACAAAAUGAAGAGCUUGGAUUGAUUAUUGAUUUAACAUAUACUCAGCGAUAUUAUAAACCAGAGGAGUUGCCAGAAACGGUUUCUUAUUUUAAAAUAUUUACAGUUGGGCAUCAGAUAUCUGAUGAUGACACUAUUUUUAAAUUCAAAUGUGCUGUUAAUGGUUUUUUGAAAGAAAAAGACAACGGCAAACUUAUUGGUGUCCCCUGCACAAAUGGCUUAAAAAGAACUGGCUAUCUCAUCUGCAGAUAUUUGAUUGAAGUAGAAGGCAUGAGGCCAGAUGAUGCAAUUGAAUUAUUCAAUAGGUGCCGAGGACAUUGCAUAGAAAGACAAAACUACAUUGAAGACCUUCAGAAUGGGCCUAUCAGGAAGAAUUGGAAUUCUGGUGAAUGUGGUUCAGUUGGUGUUGAAGACUCAGCACAUGCCAUGGGACCAGUCCACACCAUUAACAAGUCUGUUAACCAAGGACCUAGGUACAACUUGCAUCGGAUCCAUGGCUAUCCAGCAGCACCUCCUCGGCGUUUUCACCUCCAGACUCCAAACUUCCAACAAUCAUAUCGAAAAUUUUCACAAAAUCAGAACAUUUACCAGAAAGGUCAUAUGCCUCCUCCUGGGCCUGCUGGAGAAGAUUGUUCACAAAGAAGAUGCUUUUGGAAUGUAAAGCCAAAUAGCAGUCAACCAGCCCAGAAUAAGAAGUGGUUUGCCAGCAAUUACCAAAGACUAUCCUGCCCAACCUAUUGGAGAUGGACCGAAUGAUACAAAGCUGUGUUGGCAAU